AUGAAGCUAAUGUGCUCCCACGAGCAUGUGCAAUCUUUGCUAAAAGCAUGGGCGAAAUCCCGCAAUCGUAAGCUUGUAUUCGCGAAGCAUUUCUUUUCCAAUAUCGGGACCAGUCACCAGAAGUCCCUGCCGGGCAUGUAUCGUACAUUGCUUCACGAUAUCUUGGAGUCCUGCCCUGACUUGACGCGCUCAGCUCUGCCAACCCUUUGGGCGAAAGCCCGGGAAACGCCUUGGCAAGUUGGAAAAAAGAUCUGCGUUUCCGACAGAGACGUUCAUAAAGCCUUCGAUUACGUCGUUGGAAGCUGCAAGACCGACAAUAAACUCGGAUUCUGCUUCUUUGUUGACGGCUUGGACGAGCUUAUCCUUGAGAUGCUGGAAGACCAGAUGAGUCAAGCGAGACCAAAUGCUCCGGAUUCCAGCUCAUCAGUUGAUCCGGAACAUAAUCAAAGCCAGGAAGUACUCUUGGCACCCAACGGUCGGAUUGAAAAGGCCCUACAGUGGCGUUCAACACUAGCAAGAUACAGCAUUGCAUUUGUGAUUGGCACCAUGUUCGGUAAGUUAAUCGGGCCUUCUGAGGUCCUGGAGUAG